ACAGAAGGGGCUGAGCCAGCAAGGGCGGAGUUGAGAGGCAAAUGACAGCUACUCAGAAACACAACCUCUUCACACCAGAACCCCACUACAUUCCUGGCUAUGCAGGCUUCUAUCCUCAGCUGCGUUACCAAGUGGGGAACACCUAUGGCCGCACCACAGCACAACUGCUCACAGAUCCCAGAGUACAGAAGAGCCCCUGCUCAGUUUUGUCACCCAUGUCCAAGCCCAAGUUCAUUGAAGACUUCAGCAAAUCCAAGCCACCGUGGAUUCCCAGUCGAGACCUAAAUGAGCCCUACAUCCCCCACUAUACCAGUCUGAAGCCCUACAAGAACUUUGAGAUCCUGGGCCAGCUUCCACGCCAGGAGAUGGACACUCAGGGGCUGCCAGAACUAGAAAAUGUAUCCAAACAGAUCUCACUGCCUGCAGACAUCAUGCCCUACCCACCUUACCCACCAUGCCCUCCAGGCAGGAAGAACACCAAAGACUUGGGACACCCAGGUCUACUGCUAGCAUAUGGGGAAGAGGCCUGGAAGAAUGAUGCUCCUGCCCAUGAGACCCCAGAAAAUUAUCAGCUGUACCACUUCAGGAGGGACCAGCACCUGCCUUCACUUCAGCAUGAGACACUGGAUGUGGGCAGGUUCCAGAGGCUACCCCAGUUAGACCACCCCAACCUGAUUCAAAGAAAGGCCAUCUCAGGUUAUGCAGGCUUUGUUCCCCGGUUUGCCUGGGUGAUGGGUGUGAAUUACCGGGAUGGAGUAACCCAAGCUAUGGAUGAGUUUGACAAGAACCAGUUCAUAUUCAGAAACCCAGUCUGUCCCUUGGGUGAAAGACUACCAAGGACCCACUGGCCAAACUCCACCAUCUACAGAAGCCAAGGCCUGAUUCCUUUCUACAUGGGCUUCAUCCCGUCCAUGCGGGACAACUAUGCACUGACUUUUGGUAACAGCACCCGGAAGGCCUAUCACAAGGAACUGGAGAGGCGAAGCCACACACUAUGAAAAUGCUUUAAUGAUGGUAUCUGUACAGUGAUGUUAGGACAGGACAGCAAGCAC